UAAAACACUCAGGAAGCCCAGAAGCCCCAUUAUCAUCUCCAGUCGCGUUAUUGCAUGGACGCAAAUAUAGCCAAGGAAAUUACAAAUAUAAAAAAUCGAGGAAAACUGAUGCAGGAGUAAGCACAUAUUUUUAUAGGAGGAGUGGGUGAGUGAGAGAGAAAGAGAGAGAGAGAUAGAAGAGCAAGUAAGAGGGAGGAGGGAGACGAAAAGAGGGAGGGUGAGCAACAAGAAAUUCAUUGCAAUUAAUAAUAAAAAAGAGCUGGCAGUCGUGCUCGGAAAACUGGCAUGGUUUUUGGGAGGCUGGCAGUUCAAAGUUGAAACGUCAGAAAUGACUCCAAAAGACUGUUGAGAUGAUCAUUAAGAGAGACUUAGAUCGGAUGGCAGAAGAGAUCGGGCAUCCAGGUGGCGGUCUAAAGUCGAUGCUGGAUGCCAUGGAAGUCCCAAGUCAUGCUAGGCACCUCCUUUUGCAACUGAACACACAACGCACCAAGGGCUUCUUGUGUGAUGUCAUCAUCGUGGUGCAGAAUGCACUCUUCCGUGCUCACAAGAACAUUUUGGCUGCCAGCAGCCUCUACCUUAAGUCUCUUGUUGUUCAUGACAACCUCAUAAAUCUGGACCAUGAGAUGGUCAGUCCAGGUGUCUUCAGGGUCAUUCUUGACUACAUCUACACAGGACGGUUAAGUGAAGGUGACCCCACCUCCCCCACUGAGCCAAAUAUAGGGGCAGUGCUGGCUGCCGCAAGUUACCUGCAGCUUCUAGAUCUGGUAGCGCUAUGCAAAAAGAAGUUGAAGAGGAAUGGGAAGUACCACUUACAUCCUAACCCUGGCUUCUUACCUUACAAGAUAGGCUCUGGUGGGAUGGGAGGACGUUUUCGAGUGUCUACUCCUGUCAUUCAAUCCUGUCUUUCUGGAGGGGUUGUGAGUGCACCUCGAUCUACACCAUUAGAGGACCUGCCUCCCCUCCCAAUGGCUCCCCACGGAGGAGAGCUUUAUGCCCCAGCUCCAACACAGGGGCCGCCACCUUACCCCCCAACAAAGGCGUCCCUGUCACCCCAGUCCAGCCUGCGCUUACCACCCACUGACAGGAACUGCUCAUCCGUCUAUGGCCUUGACCUGUCCAAAAAAAGCCCCAGUUCCCAGUCUCAGCUUUCUUCCAGUCACCCACACUUGAUAUCCUCACUGCACCCAGAUGAGGAUCCUGAGGGAGAGCUGGACCGAAGCACUAGCCCAAUGCACAGCCCCAAUGAUGGCUCCAGAAAAGUAGAGACAGCUCACCACGUUGGGUCUUUAACCCCACAUGCCUUCCCCCUGUCCAACCAUCCCCUUGCACCACAUCUUCCACACCUACACCGUUCUCACGGCCAGGAGUCCUACCCCUGCCACCCCAGUCCCGAGCCCAUGGAGGACUCAAGAGAACAUGGCAGAGAUGGGUCUAGCAUCUAUCGAUGGGUGAAAAACGAACCCUCUAAUCCAGAGGAUGAAGAUGAGGAAGAUGAGGAGGAUGACAGUGGAGGAAUGGGUGAGCAGGAUAAAGACAGACAGCACCAGCACAUGAACCACCAUAAGAACGGCGAUGAAAAGAUGAACAUGAACGAGAGGGGCUACGACAGAGGAACUGUGAACUGUGAUGAUGGCGAAGAUGAGAAUGGGACAGGUAGUGAGGAGACAGGAAGCAGCGAAGGCCGUUCUUCUCCCACUGGUGCUGGUGGAAGAUAUCACUUGCCAUACGAGCCAGAGAGUUUCGGAGAUAACCUAUAUGUGUGCAUCCCCUGUGACAAAGGCUUUCCCAGCUCGGAGCAGCUCAAUGCCCACGUGGAGACUCAUAAUGAGGAAGAGCUUAACAAUGGAAGUGAGAUGGACAACAGCAAUAACAGUGGCAAACCCACUAAUGCCCAUGGACCUACAAGCUUGAAUAGCCCUAGUGGUCUCCACAGCCCCUUCCCAGAUAGCAAAUCAGUGCCAAACCACCAUCCUAUUGGACUUGGCGAGAUCAUCCGCCCGUAUCGCUGUUCUUCCUGUGACAAGUCCUACAAAGAUCCAGCCACACUCCGGCAACACGAGAAGACCCACUGGCUGACGCGCCCAUACCCUUGCAGCAUCUGUGGCAAGAAAUUCACCCAACGUGGUACCAUGACACGCCACAUGCGCAGCCACUUGGGCCUAAAACCCUUUGCGUGUGAUGCCUGCGGUAUGCGCUUUACGCGGCAAUACCGCCUCACAGAGCACAUGCGCAUCCACUCUGGAGAGAAGCCCUACGAGUGCCAAGUGUGCGGAGGCAAGUUCGCCCAGCAGCGCAACCUUAUCAGCCACAUGAAAAUGCACAGCAGCGGAGGGGCCGGCGGAGGACUCACCCCUGACGGCAAGCUGAAGAUAGACUUCUCCGAGGGAAUUUAUCCCUUGAGCAAGUACACAGCCGAGCAUUUGGGUCUAAAGCAGGAGAAAACCUGCGAUCUACUCACAGCCUCGCAGCACUUGCUUGCAGAUGCCAAAGCCAUGGAGAGUUUCUACCCACUGUCAAAGCUGGCGGUUGAACACCUCGGCCUGGCCGGCAAGAUAGACGUCCUGAACCAGACACUUCAACCCCAGGAGUCCCGCACCAUCGAUCGCUACUCUCCCAGCUAGAGGGGGGGACCACUAAGUAAAUCUUCCAAAGAGACAUCACUGUACACCAAUCACAGUAUUCAACUCACACCUCAUCUUCAUUUCAACCUUCACAUGAGAUUUUGGAGGCCGGAAAGUGUUUGGUCGUAAAAUGCUCAUGAACAGUGUUGACUUCUAAACGUGCCUUUGCAGUACAUGCAUUUCUUACUCCCGGAAGGAGAAAACUGUUUUAUUUAUAAUCUGUUUCGACCGUGGACGCUCAGACAAUGCAGUAUUUAUAUAAAAACAACUUCUUUUUUGUUCAAUCACCGAGCCAAACAACCAAUUGAAAACCAAAAAGAGAUUGUUUUUAUUUAUUUUUCUUUGUAUGUUGAAAAAGCCAAAGAGAAAAGAUGUCAGAUGUUACAGAAGAGUGUUGCAAUCAUACCCUAAACUUGUGUACUAAGUGUUGUAUAUAGAAUGAAAAAGCACAUAUGAACAAUAUUCAGGGCUUCUGUCCAGAUCGGAGAGGGAAGUCUGGACCAAAGAUAAAGCCAAAUCUUUGGGAUUUUAUAGUAAUUGGAGGACUUUUUAUAGACUAUUUUCGGAGUACUGGAUCACCUGUAUCUGAUUUUCCAGCUUUGUGAAUGGCCCAGUUUUUUUUCCAUACUUAAAGGGAGCAACUAACAGAAGAGAGUGUUUGUUCCAGGAUUUAGGUAAUGUGAUCUAUGCUUUUCUCUGCGUUGUAGCUAUCCCGCUUCAAGAGUUCACAGUGUCAUUUCAUUUUUUUUUGUUUAUCUUCAGGUGUAUGGUCUUGCUAUUUAGUGCUUUUAUAUUUCCUUUUCUUUCUAACAACUCAAAUUUUUAAAAAAAUUUACGAAACCCAAGUGCCUUUAAAGGGAUAGUUCACCCAAAAAUGAAAUUACCGUAUGCCAUCGUUUACUCAUCCUCAUGUUUUUCUAAACCUGUAUGAGUUUCUUUAUUCUGCUGAACACAAAGGAAGAUGAUUUGAUAAAUGAUGGUUAGCACAUACCCAUUGACUUCCAUAUUAUGUGUUUUUCCUACUAUUGAAGUCAAUGGGUACCUCCAACUGUGUGAUUACCAUAAUUAUUCAGAAUAUCUUUUUUGUGGUUCAACAGCAUGAAUAAACUCACACAGGUUUAAUACAACACGAAUGUGAGUAAACGAUGACAGAUUUGUAUUUUUGGGUGAACUAUCCCUUUAACUUGUUAUUGAAAACGUAGCGAGUGCUGCCCUGUGAUCUCACAACUGGAAUAUCUUUGCGCAUAUUCCAAUCAUGAUAUAACAAUCUGUGUCCACGUGUUUCGGUCCAUCUGGUGCUACAGACCAAGCAUGGGUGGUGCCUUUGGAAAUGGAGUAAUAUUUACAGAGGGGCAAUCGAGCCCAAAUGCUUUCAAUGAGUCGCUCCUCUAAGCUAAAUGUUUAACUUUAACAGUGAAAGCACUUUUGCAACAAAUCCUGUAUAUAUAUAUACAGUGUGAACAAACAGGGAUUUACAGUAUAGUGAAUGAUCUGGCCACACCUCUAAAAGCUUUCAAAUGUGCGAGAGGGUCUCCUCGCCCCUAUUAUGGUGCAGUUAAUUUCAGGCUAAUGUGACGGUUUUAACCCGGCCGUGCCUCACACGCACACAUGUAAAUCCGCUAAUGUGACAACCAUCUGAACAUGAGGAGUUGAUCUCUCUCUCUCUCUUCUCUCUCUCUUAUACUGUGAGCACAAAUAGCAGCAGCUGGUCCACUCAGGCUAAGCCCUGUGAAAUUUCCCAUUUUCGAAGACUGUUUGCGCUUGUCUGACCCACUGAUCAUAGAUUUUAGGCCAGCUGACCAGGCCUGUGAUCUACACGCUGCCUGAACAUUUACCCUAAUCCCUCAGCUACUGCACUAAUAUACCAUAAACUACAUUCAUGUCCAAAGCUGUACAACAAUCAAUCCAUCACUUUCACACAGUAACAAGUUAAGGUCACACUUGCUUCCUUUCUGUAGCCUCAAAAUUUAUACCUAUCAUAUGUUUUAAUAAAUCAUGUAUGUAAAUGUGAUUGAAAAUGACAGCCCAUGUAUUUUUUUUUUUUAAGUAAAACAAAUUCUUGUUGACCACUAGUUACAAUUAUAACCUCAGUGGGUGAAUGUGAAGACAAACCAUGAAUGCACUGUGAAAGAACUCACAUAUCUGAAAGCUUUAGCUUGGUCAAUAUUGAACAAAUUAUAAAAAGGGUUUGGGAAAAAUACCGAAGCUUUUCUCUGUAGCAUGUCACGAAAAGUUUUUUCUUUCUUUUAAAAAAAACGAACGUAAUAUUGGUGCUUAACUCAGGACUAAGCCCCCAUCUCGGUGUGGGUGUCACAAAGCUUUGGCAAUACAACACAUAAAGGCACAAAAUGCUCUCUGUUUUUUUUUUUUUUACCAAAAAAUGUACAUAGAAACCCAAGCACAUGCUCUUUCAGAAGGGAUUGUAUUGAUUUUAAACCUGUGGUUGUUUCACGAUGCUAAAAAUGUUUUUUUUUUCCCUGAAAUGAUUCUUUGAAAAUUAUCUGUUUAUGUUUUUUUUCUGAAUAGCCUAUGCAACUGUCUAUUUUUACAUUACCAAAAUACUGUAGUUAUGUAAUUAAAUGGUAAAUCAAUUACCAUAAAAGGCAAAUUUAUAAAUUAAAAAAUGAUUUCAUGAUAAACGUCACUAUUUCCACAUGUUUCUCUGUACACUUGAAGGUACUUAAAGAUUUACAGCACUUUUUAAGCUUACACAUGCACCACGAGAAAUGCCAGACAGCGAUUCAGUAUACUGUUAAUGUUAUGCUGUAUAAAAGAUGUUGUAUGUUUAUCAAUAAUUCGCUACAAUGAUAAACACUUGGCCGAGUUGGUAAGGAGGAAGCAUAUUUUCUCAAGUUGAUUGACCCAUUUGUUCUGGGCGGGCCGGGAGAAACUUCAUCUGACCUCUUUGCUGAGAGGCAGGAUUAGACUCCCAGUGAGGUUUUGUAUACAUGCGCUAUUAAACCACAUGCGUUAAACCAGUUUGGGGCGAGACAGAUGCAGAAAUUUCCCAACACACUCAAGUGGACAGCAGAGAUCUGAAAAUUCCUCUUAGCUCAAUUUUGCAAAACACACGAAAACAGUCUGGGCACAGCGGUUUGUUUGUAUCCAAACGAAACCCGGAACGUAAACGGAAUACAAAUCUUCUGAGUCAAGGGACAGAAGAAUAUUACAGCUAUCAAAACAGUUAAAACUCUGACCGCAGACAUAUUAAUAUGCACAGAGGAGAUGCGACAGCCCGUUUGAAGUGGAUUUUAGUGAUAGGAAAAUAAAUCUCGCACUCCCCUUUCUUCACCACUCAUUUGCUCACGCUUAUCGAAAGACAUAUCUCUCAUUUUCCGGCACUCUGACAGACAAAACAAGAAAAAGGGCUCAAAUAAAAAUCUUCCACCUCAGGUCCAAAAGUAAGAU